AUGGCCUCGAGAGACCUGGCUGUGGGGAUCUUCUUCCUGUUGCAGACAGCACUGGGAAUGCUGGGGAACUCAGCCUUGCUUUGUUGUUUUGUCAUCGCUGACUUUGCUGGGAUCAGGGCAAAGCCCACAGACCUGAUUGUAAAACACCUGACUUGGGCUAACUUCCUUGUUCUUCUGUGCAAAGGGAUGCCUCACACAAUGGAAGCUUUUCGUCAGACAUACUAUCUAGGUUAUAUUUCGUGUAAACUUGCCUUAUAUUUUCACAGAGUUGCCAGAGGAGUAUCCCUUAGCUCCACAUCACUGCUUAGUGUCAUCCAGGCCAUCACCAUCAGCCCCAAUAAUUCCAAGUGGAAACAACUCAAGAUCAGAGCCCCCAGGAUCAUUGGUCCUUCCCUGGGCCUCUGCUGGUCCCUACAGCUUUUGAUAUAUGUCUUCAUUCUUGUGUAUACAACUGACAUACAGAGUGGAGUGAAUAUUACUGGAAGAAAAGAUUUUGGAUACUGUGCUGUUGUGAAUCCUGGGAGACUCAUCGACACUUUCAAUGCAGUUCUAUUGACAUCCAGCGAUGCCAUGUUUUUGGGGCUGAUGGUGUUUGCCAGUGGCUCCAUGGUGUUUAGGCUGCUCAAACACAAGCAGAGGGUACAACACACCCACAGAUCCCAGUCUCCUAGGUCAUCCGCUGAGACCAGUGCCACCCAUAUCAUCCUCACCAUAGUGAGCAGCUUUGUGCUGUUCUAUGUAGCAUCUAUUGUCUUUACAUCAUACGUGUCUGUCCUAGACGUAACAAUUAGGUGGCUGGUGGAUGCCAGUGCUGCCAUGUCUGCAUGUUUCCCAGCCUUCUGCCCCUUUGUGCUUCUCAGACAACAUACCUCUGUUUUCAAACUUGCUGUACCUGUUCUCAUCAGACCACACUGUGUUUGUGUAGUCAGAGAUCUCUAA